GUACGGGCGCGUAUUUCAUAAUACUUGAAGAGAGGCUUCGAGCGCUGGACGCGAUCGGGAGACGGUUCAUCUCAGGCGUUCGGAUUAUGAGUUUGUGGAUCUUCAUCCAAUGUUACAUGAGCAGCUGAGAGAGAUAUGGCCGCACAAGGACUGUUGAACAGUGUUUUCUCAUGCUCACUAAGCCCCAAAAGUAUUUCCAAGAAGAAACUGAGGCAGACCAGGAGUUUGGAUUCGACUUUGAUGCGGCACUGUGGUACCGAGGAUGAAGAGGCUCCGUAUAAGGGUGACAUCACCUGGAACACAUCAUUAGGACCCAGCGUUUGCCUGAAGCCGGUUCCGCUGCAAAGCCUCUCAGAACUGGAGAGGGCCCGUCUUCAGAAAGUUGCCUUUAGGCGACUGCUUCAGUGUCACGACUUGGCCUGUCACAUCACCAUUCCGAAAUAUGGCCACAAGCACAAGAAGUCUCUUAGGAAGAAGCUGGAUUCGUUAUCUAAGGAAAAGAACAGAGAAAAAGAGACUUCGCCACAGGCGUUCGGCAUACCGCUGUCACACGUCAUAACCAACGACCGCAUACACAAGCUGCGGCAUGACCACCUGCGGGAGGAGCACAGUAACCCCACUGAAUUGAUGCUAUCCUUCCUUCACCUGUCCUCAAGGCCUAACAAAGAGCUCUCUAGCAGCAACUCUUCCCUGAGCUCCACCCCUGAGAGCCAUUAUGAAUCAACCCUGCCCAGCACGCCAGACACAGCCUCCCGAACAUCCAGGAGGGGUGGAGUGUCUGUGGAUUGCAUCACUGACCUUGAUGAUAACCAGUCUCGGCUCUUGGAGGCCCUUCAGCUGUCUCUGCCAGACGAGGCGACUGGGAACAGGAAGAAAACCCGCGACAAAAAGCUCAGCCUUAACCCUAUUUACAAACAGGUGCCAAGGAUAGUCGAUCUCUGCUGCCAGCACCUGGAAAAAAAUGGCUUGCAGACAGUUGGAAUUUUCCGCAUUGGGAGUUCCAAGAAGAGAGUACGACAGCUUCGUGAGGAGUUUGAUCAGGGGUGGGAAGUGCAUUUUAAUGAUGAGCACUGCGUCCACGUCAUUGCAGCUUUGUUGAAGAAAUUCCUCAGAGACCUGCCUGACCCGCUGCUGACAAGAGAACUCUACACGGCUUUCAUCCAUACAAUGCUGCUGGACUAUUCCGAACAACAGAGUGCCAUCCAGCUCCUCAUAUUUCUGCUUCCUCCCUGUAACAGCGACACGCUGCAACGCAUCCUCAGCUUAUUGUCAACCGUGUCCUCACAGGCUGAAGACAGCCUUGGCACAGAAGGACAGAAGAUCCCAGGAAACAAGAUGACAUCACGCAAUUUAGCCACCAUCCUUGGCCCCAACCUGUUACAUAAGCAAAAGAACUCAGACAAAGAGUUUGCUGUUCAGAGUUUUGCCCAUGCAGAGGAGAGUACAGCCAUCAUCAGUGUUGUCCAAAGGAUGAUCGAUGCUUACGAUAAGGUGUUCAUGGUUCCUGCAGAUCUUCAGAAUGAAGUGCUGAUUAGUUUGCUUGACACGGAUUCUGAUGUUGUUGAAUAUUUGCUGCGAAGAAGAGUCUCUCAGUGCUCGGAUUCGGGCAUUCUUAGACAAGAUGACGUAAUUUCUCUCACUGAGAGUUGCAUGUCCAGUGAUUCCCUCAAAGCAUCCAGCGGAGAGGUUUCUCCUUAUGACAAUAACUCUCCUGUGCUGUCAGAUCGACUGCUACUUAAAGACAUAGAGGACAGCAGUUUGAAUUCAGAUAGGGAUCCCAUAUGCCCCAGGCAGUACAAACUAAGUGACCAUUCCAAAGAUGGAUCAGGAGGCACAUCACCAACCCUUUCCGCUAACAAAGACACCUCAUCUGAUUGUUUCUGGGACACCUGGCACGAACUGUUUGGGAAGGAUUUUUUUAGCCAUCACAUUACUGGCUCCCUUGGAGAUGCCUCAGAAUGUGACUCGUAUGGAUCAUUAGAGGGACUGAGCAGUCACCAAGGCAACAAAGAGCUGCCCAUCAGAGCGACACAAACACCAUUGGUUGUUUUGGAGAGCAGGCCACGCCUCCCAGUGACAUGCAGCAGUAGUGGUCCUCAUGACUACGCAGAGCAGAGGCAGCCAGAAUCAUUGUUACAUCAGUCACCAGGCAGCCAAUCAAGGGCUAUUAGCUCAGACAGCUCAGUACAAAGGACAGGACGCCCUCCAUGUCCAUUAUUUAUGGACAGAACAGAGGGUUUGUCUUCUUGUGUGUGUUCUGGACCUUUAAGAGAAACUUCAGUUUCUCAUUGCGCAUUCUCUGUUUUGAGCCAUCGACCCAUUUCCCAAACAUUGCUUCUCCCCCAGCAGAGCACUGCCCUCCCGACUAUAGAUGUGGCAGAGAAGAAAACGGGCUCUGACUGCUCAAACUUAAAGACAGAGUGGAAUGUAUGGCAGAUGAUGUCCAAAAAAAAUCAAGAAGCUUUGCCAGAAAGUUUGGUAUGAUCCUCUCUUCACUGAUAACAUUAGAUUAUGUAGUGACUGUUUAUUUAUAUUCUGUUAAAAAAUCAACCCAUCUUGACAUUUUAUUAUUCUCAAUUUUUAGAGCUUUUUGACUUUUUUUGUUUGUUUGUUUGUUGAAGGAUUACUUUUUAUGUUGUUUCCUAUCAUUGUAUAGUAUUAUGUUUUGUUGAGUUAUUUAAUACAGAGUGUUUGCAACUCAACCAUGAAACUUUUGUAGACUUUAAUGUAAUAGACUGCUGUGAAAAACGAUGUGCCCCCUUUAAGAAUUGUUUUGUUUUGGCUUUUUUUUUGUCAGACUGAAAUGCCUUUAUAUUGUAAAAUGCAUUUCAAUAUCAGACAAGGAUAACCUGAGUUAAUUCAAAAAGCAGUUUUCAAAUGGCUUUUAUUUGAAAAAACUAUCCAAACCAACUAUUCAAUGAACCAAAUUAUAGGUCCUAUGUGAAAAGUAGUUGACUCCCUUGUUAAAUUCUGAAUUAACUACCUUUAAAGACAUUUUGUGGAUAGUUAAGGUUCAGUUUCACAAGCCACACAAAAGCCUACUAAUGCUAGACCUAUAUAUUCAGAAAUCACUUAAAUAGAACCUGUCUAACAAGAUGAAGGAGGCUUAUAUAUCUAAACAAAAUCUCAUCAUGCCCAGAUCUAAAGAUUUCAAGAAUAGCAUUGGCUUUGGAACUCCAGCAAACUAGAGUGAGAGCCAUUAUUCACAAAUUUAGAAAACAUGGAGAUAACCCUAACCAAAAAUAACCAGAAGAUUAAAGCGUUACAGAACUCCCUUGCCUGAGUUAAUGCUAUUGUUCAUGAUUUAACAAUAGGAAAGAGACAGGGUACACAUUUCAUGGGAAAAGUUUUAAGUUAAAAAACACUUCUGAUCAAAAGUAACACAAAGGCCCAUCUCAUAUUAAAAAACACAUCUUGGUGCACAUGCCAUUACAUCUGAUGUAAAACUAACACCAUUUCAGAGAAAGAACAUCAACAGUCAAACAUAGAGCUCGUAGUGUGAUGGUCUGUAGCUGCCUUGCCUCUUCAGGCUCAGAAGACUUGCAGUAAAUAGUGGAACCAUGUUUGAAGCCCAAGCACACUUGGGUUAUGCAGCAGGACACAGAUCCAAAGCCCACCAGCAAGUCAGCCUGGCUAAAACAACAAAAGGAAGGUUUUAAAGCGCCUAGUCAAAGGCCGACCUUACAACAGUUUAAGAUGCUGAGAUAUGUCCUAUUGAGUUCAUUUUCAAAAACCCUCGAAUGUGGCUAAAUUAAAACAAUUCUGCAUAGAAUAGUGGGCAACAUUUCAAACACGCAACGGUAGUUGUUGCCCCACAGGGUGGCAUAGCCAGUCAUUAGAGUAACUUGAUGAUUAACUUUUAUGAUAGGGCUCAGGUUAGUUUGUAUAGCUCUUUUGUCUUAAUAAAUAAAAUCAUUUGAAAACUGCAUAUAGUAUUUACUGACUUUAUCUGUGCCAGAUAUUAAAGUAUGAUCAAAAACAUUUAAUUGUGGCAAAAAUCUAAGCAAUUUGUAAGGGGAAAAGCAAAUUUUGACAACAAAAUGCACUUGAAUGUUUUAUGCUAAAUGUGAUAAUGUCACUAUGUAUUUUGGUUACAGUUGUGUUACGGUCACAAUGGUUCAAAUGCUGCAAUUGGUGUUUGUGCUCCAGGAAAUUAAAAGUGGAGCAUCGUCUUGUAAAUGCAUCAUUUCACUUUGCUGUUACAUUUCAACUUAUUAUAAGUCACAUACACCACUUGCACCAUGUUUUACCUAAAAUAACAAAUUUUAUUGUUACAUAAUGCUGGAUAUAUUUAUAUUAUUAGUUGAUAUACAGUAUUACUAAAUAAAUAAAUUCUGUUUUGCAUCUGA